AUGGCUGUCCGAUCCUCCACUAACAGCGGAUCAGGCCCGGAGAAAACCCGACUCUGCCUCGGAGUCCUCCAUCGACAACCAAUUGCGAAGGCCGCCCCCCUCUCUUCCCAGGACGACGGCCGCCAAUACUGCACGAAGGACGCUACUACCCUACCCACUCUGAGGAUGACUCGCAAUACUCGUGCUCGCACGACAGGCAAUCGAAUAGUGACCGUGGUCUACAACGGACCUUCCCGCCGUCCUCGACUCCGCACAGCACCAACUGCACGUGAAAUACGUGACCAGGCUCGCUUUGAUCAAAAUAUCCGCGAUGGCCAGCGGCUAGGAAUCAUUCCUGAAAUCCCACCCCCUCUGACUACACCGACAAACCAAGAAAACAACGAUCCAGUGAACCAGACAGCGAACCAGACAGACGGAGCCGAUGAUGCAAUACCAUUUCAACCAUUUGAAGACAAUCACCAAGAAUCACAGUGGGAAGAUGAUGACCCUCUGAUUGCUCAUGCUAGCUAUCAUCGAAUGCGCCGUUACGCUGAACGCCGAGAGAGGAUUAAUGCCCAAUGGACUCAAUUGGAGACUCAAGUCACAUCGGCUUACCUGCAGUGUCAACAUCAAACUUUGAACUGGACAAAUCCUCUACGAUCAUUUGAGCUACCUGCUGGGUUGUGUACCUGUUCACCCGCUGAUAUUCAGGAACGAAAAGUCGAUCUCAUUGACAUCCUCUCCGUUGUAUCUGCUUCAGCUUUUGUCAAAGCCCUUGCUGCCUUCUUGGGACCCCGAAAUAAUCAAGCAAUGUUUGCUCGUGGCGGCAAAUACCGACGAAGAAACCUCCGUAUUCCAUUCACGUUCAGCACUGAUCUCUUUGCUCGAAUCCUUAUACGCAAGAAGAAAAUUCUCAAUGAUGGUUUGCAGCUCUCCAAAGUUGAUCUUUGGGCCAACAAGUGCCCUCGAUGUUUCGGACCCAGCUUAAAUGAGGUCAAGUCAAAUCCAAAUGAACCAGACGUGAUCCUAGCUAUGGACGGAAACUUUCAACAACGACACUAUACUCAUGCCAGUAGAGACAAUCCUGGCGAGGAUCAGUAUCCUAUUGACUUUCUUGCCCCCUCCCAGCUCAAUACUGAUGUUCAAGCAGUUGCAUCUACUGAGGGAGCUGCUGUAGGAAUAGACCCCCCGUGUUCCGAUUCCCAUAAAGCUGCAAACGACACUCGAAGCGGCACAAGCUGGGAGAAAUGUGAUGAUAACGGUCUAUUUGCCAGUGCAUGUCGGCACGAUGCCCCUCUGCUCUUUGCCAACAUAUUCCAGACAGGUGAAAAGUUAUAUUAUCCAGUUUCCAUUGUACGCAAUAUCAUUGCCGACUUCCCCAACCACAAAUUUGGCAUUCUGUAUGACCUGGGGUGCCAUCUCGAGAGUCAUGUAAGGAAGAGGGGUUUGUUAACCGACCGCAUCAAUGACCUGACGUUCGGAACUUCAGUUUUCCAUGCAUUUGUACAUGAAUGGUCAUGUCAAGUAAAAUACAACCCUCGGCUGAACGAUUGGUGGGGAUUAUCAGAUGGUGAAGGUCUUGAGCGUCUGUGGUCUUUUUUGUCACCACUUGUUUCUCCACUUCGGGUCUCAACUCGGCUUCAUCGGCUCACCAAGCUACAAGCCCGAGCUGAGUACUAUACUGAACAACUCUUGGAACUUUCUGUUUAUGCAACGGAUGCAGUCAGGGCCUCGACUUUCGCGCUCCAAACCCUUCACGCCAAAGUCAACCGUUUCACUCCUGGCCAGAACUACACAAACCAAUUCUUUGCAGAACAAUGGCAACUGGAGCAGCAAUAUCAUCGACGGACUAAUCUAAGUGUCAAGAAACAGAAGGUUGAACUUGGACGGCUGUUAUGCCUCGAAGAAGCCCUGGAUACUGCAUGGAGAAAUGUGACACUCACUCCUGAACAAGCACUUGCUCGUGCAACUACCUGUGCUACACUCACAAGGAAGAUUGCUGAGCAGCGAACCUUGAUUGGUGAGGCAUUAAUGACGGCUGUGAGUGAAAUUGAGCAGGGAGGUGUAGAGACAGAACAGGAACGGGACCUAUUAAUGAUGAUCUUGUACAACAAAACAGAACUGCGACAGAAGUUCUUGGCGUUACUUGAGGAGAAGCAGCCACUGGUACGGGUCCGCCGUGCUGGAGAGACAAGUUCACUUGGAACGCGUGCCCAGCAAAAGCUCAUGGCCUUGCUACACAAACAUGCUGAGCAGCUACGUACAGUUCUGGAAUCGUACACCCAGCAAGUGUUGAAAUAUAUUGCAGAUUAUCCUACACGACCGGCUCCACGCAUUAUACAAUAUGCCGAUCUAUUAGAGUUGCCAUCUGACGAUCCAUUCUGGAAUGAUGGCUUCUUUUCUGACUCAAAUGAAGCCUGGGCAAUUGACCUGACGACUCAGCAAGGAAUCCGCCACCUGGCUUGCAUGAAUCGAGGAAAUGAAGAGAUCCGUCGGCUUGGAUGGGAAACCCGGAGGGCGAUGCGAUGGGCGAUCAACCGACAUAACAAACUAAAAACCAACAUCAAGCUGCUAUUUGAGCUCUCAGUAGAUCAGCAAACAACGGUCGACAACCUACCAGAACUCCUUCGGCCGCUUGUAGGACAUCCUUACCUCCUGGCGAACACCAGCUUGUCUGAUAGGCUCCAGUGUAUCCGGUCAAUACUUCACUCAGCUUAUAUCGAAAUCAUGGACUUGCAGCUGGGAUGGGAUCCACUGAUUGUUGAGGUCCUAAGGAAUACACCUCCUCAGAACGACGAUGGUAAUCUUCAAAAUGAUUGGCAGGUUCAGAUAAGUCACAUCCAUUGGCUUCACCGAAUGGGAUUUUUCUCUGGUAUACCUGGGGAUAUGUACGAUGGGGUUCUUGCAGGAGUUGAAAGAGUGCCCUUGGAGCCUCCUAAUCCUGGCAAUAAUGAGGAGGAUGUAGAGGAUGAGGGUAAUGAAGAGGAGGAUGAGGAGGAUGGCCAACAGGCCUACCUGGAACAGAUGGAGAAUGUUUUGUCUACUACCAUGUUGAAUGAUUUAAUUGAGGGGCAAGAGCAAGGAAGGGAUUGAAUGAAUACAGUGUUCACCUCUCAUUUCCGUCUAUUUGUGUUUGUAAUGUCUUCUUUUUGAGCACUUGACAUACUGAAAGUUAUAUUUUAUGCAUCAUAAACUCUGAGUGGGAUUCCAUCAGUUGUAACUAAGAGUCAAUACAAUCAAGUGUUUUCUCCAUGUUAAGCUAAAA